AUGUCAAAGGAUUUCAAGUCCGAGUAUGACACCGAGGGUGAGGUCCUCGAGGACAACGUGGUCGAGCACGAUGCCGUCUUUGGUGCCAUCACUGAAGACGGACCAAACUAUCGAAAUGUUGGAUGGAUUGGUACAACUGCCCUCAUGAUGAAGACCCAGAUAGGUCUUGGAGUCUUGUCUAUGCCGGUUGUCUUUGAUACUCUUGGCAUGAUCCCGGGCAUUAUCCUCCUCAUCACUAUUGCUGGCAUCACCACCUGGUCAGAUUACAUUGUUGGUGUCUUCAAGAUGCGCCAUCGGCACGUCUACGGUAUCGACGAUGUUGGAAGGAUGCUCUUUGGACGUAUUGGUUAUGAAGUGUUUGGAGCCAUGUACGCUCUCUAUUUUACUUUCGUCUCCGGCUCCGCUAUGUUGAGUAUCUCGGUUGCCCUCAACGCUCUGUCGACCCACGGCGCCUGCACGGCCGUUUUCGUGGCCGUUGCUGCCAUUGUCACCUUUAUGGUAUCCAGCAUUCAGACUCUCGGCCGAAUCAGUUGGGUGGCGUGGGUUGGUGCAGCUUGCAUCAUCGUCUCUGUCUUUGUCGUCACGAUUGCCGUCGCCCUUCAAGAUCAACCCUCGGCCGCUCCGAAAGUCACUGGCGAAUGGAAGUCUGACUACAAGCUUUUCAACAACCCUAGCUUCACCGAUGCCAUCUCGGCCGUUUCCACCCUCGUCUUUACCUACGCCGGAACUCCUGCAUUUUUCAACAUCGUCUCGGAGAUGCGCGACCCUACUCAGUACACUCGUGCCCUGACAGUCUGCCAAGUUACGGUUACUGUUGUAUAUAUCAUUGUUGGCACCAUUGUCUACUAUUAUUGCGGAUCAUAUGUUGCGUCGCCUGCUCUUGGCUCAGCCGGUCCCCUCAUCAAGAAAGUUGGCUAUGGCAUUGCUCUGCCUGGCCUGCUUGGUUCUGCCAUUCUACUCUCACACUUGCCUGCCAAGCACAUCUUUAUCCGCAUCCUGCGAGGAUCCAAGCACCUCACGGCCAACACUACUAUCCACUGGAUCACGUGGCUGGGCUCUACCCUCUCCGUGUCCGUCGUAGCAUACAUCGUUGCUAGUGGUAUUCCCGUGUUCGGCGGCCUCGUCUCUCUGAUUGGUGCUCUUUUUGGUUCCUUCCUAUCGCUCCAGCCCAUGGGCUGCAUGUGGCUGUACGAUCACUGGAAGGAGGAGCGUACGGUGCGAUGGCACCUGAUGGUUGGGUGGAGCGUCUUCAUCAUUGUCGCGGGUACCUUUUUGAUGGUUGCCGGAACCUACGGCUCGGUCGUUGGAAUUAUCGACUCAUACAAGGCCACGGGAGGGUCAGCUGCAUGGUCUUGCGCUGACAAUUCCAACUCUACCUAG